AUGGCCAUGAUCCUUGUCCCCCGAUGGGCCCUUUUUUAUGUUCUCCCGGUUUUCUGCUGUUAUCGUGCUGGCAUCUGUACCGUGUACUGUACUUGUAUACCUGUAGAGCACUCUCUGUACUUGGUUGUUGUCGUCGUGCUUUGUACCGCCUGCGAGGCUGCUCGAAUCGAGCGCGUUCUGUUUAUUCGCCGCGUUUCUGGACCAGGGGAAGGCUAUCGGUGUGUUGUCAUGCAUCAGGGCCGUUGGUGCGGAGGGGAGGUCAGCUGGGACGCGCAAAUGGAAAUUGGAUCCCCAGCCCCGCACUUUAGAGCGCAAUCUCCGGCGAGGGGUACAUAUAUAAAAUUCGCGGGGCGCCGGAUUGUUGGCCUUUCUUCCCGUUUUCCCUCACUCUGCUUUGCCCUCGUCGCUGUCGCCGCGCGCCUCCGCUGCUUCCUGGUCUUUCUGCGCGCCUCACGGAUCGAACAGCAAUGUCUACCUGCGUCUCUAACCUCAAGAAAUUGCCCCCGGGCUCCCGAGCACUCCCUGACGCGCCGUAGCCGUCCACGUCGACCAUGGACGUACACCCUCCAUCCCCCUCACGCGCCGCUGCCGCCCGCGCCCGCCGCCACCGUCGUCGCUGACGGCCACUCUCCCACGGCGCUACCCCAUCCUUCCCCGGUUCGAACCACCGCGUACCCCGCGCCGCUCCUUCGCGAAGGGCGGGGUCGGCGGGCGCUCGUGGGAAGGAUGAUGCGCCCCCGUGCGCCCCGCACGUGA